AUGGGGACAGCAAGGUUGCCAGGGCGACCGCCUCCCGCGGGCCCGCCAUCCAUCACAGCAGUGGCGCCCGUGGGGUGGGGAGGGCUUUGGCUGGCUGAGAACUCACUAUGUGGCCCAGCUGCUGCCUUCCGGGGUCCUGGGUGCCUUGGCUGCAAAGAGGAGCCUCUCACCUCUGCCCUCUUCCUAGAAUGGAGGAGGAGGAGGGAGUGUGGGGUGGCCUCUGGUGCACAGUGUGUAGCAUUCUGCCUUGGAGAAAACUCACCAAAGGAUCUGGGUAGACGCGACCGCACCUCAGCGAUUGGAAUAGAGGUCCUGGCGACAGACACUGCGUCCCAGCAGGAGCGUCUUCAGGCCAUUGCAGAGAAGCGUCGGAAGCAAGCCGAGAUUGAGGGCAAGCGGAGACAACUGGAAGAUGACAGGAGACAGCUGCAGUACCUGAAGUCCAAGGCACUUCGGGAACGCUGGCUGCUGGAGGGGACACCGUCCUCAGCCUCUGAGGGCAAUGAGGACAUGAGGAAGCAGAUGCAGGAGGAUGAACAGAAGGUCCGGGUCCUGGAGGAGUCCAUCACCAGGCUCGAGAAAGAAAUUGAUGUCCUGGAGUUUGGAGAAUCAGCCCCAGCCGCCCCAAAAGAGAACUCUGCAGUCCCUAGCCCGGUCCAGCCCCUGUGUGCAAGCCCAGCCAAGGAAGAACAGAAGUCAGAUGUCAUGGUGAACUCUCAGCAGACACCACAGGGCACCCCGAAAGAGAAUCGCAUGUCCUCCACGCCGGUGCGGACUCCGGGAGGAUCCACCAUGAUGAAGGCAGCCAUGUACUCGGUGGAGAUCACGGUGGAGAAGGACAAGGUGACCGGGGAGACCAGGGUGCUGUCCAGCACCACACUGCUCCCCCGGGAUCCACUCCCUCAGGGCGUGAAAGUCUACGAGGACGAAACAAAAGUAGUCCAUGCUGUGGACGGCAUUGCUGAGAAUGGAAUCCAGCCACUAAGCUCCUCCGAGGUGGACGAACUCAUUCACAAGGCCGAUGAGGUCACACUGAGCGAGGUGGGGCCCACAGCUGGGCCACCAGAGCCUCGGGGACUCGCAGAGGAUUCCAGCAGGAGCACACCGUCAAGGAGGGAGAUCACAGGAGUUGAAGCUCAGCCAGGAGAGGCCACCUCAGGCCCACCGGGCAUCCAGCCUGGUCAGGAGCCCCCGGUAACCAUGGUCUUCAUGGGCUAUCAGAAUGUGGAAGAUGAAGCAGAAACCAAGAAGGUACUGGGCCUGCAGGACACCAUCAAGGCUGAACUGGUGGUGAUCGAAGAUGCAGCCACGCCCAGGGAGCCGGCACCACUCAAUGGCAGCGCGGCUGAGCUCCCAGACACCAAGGAAGAGAACCAGACGGGGCUCUCGGCCACCCCCAGCGAUGCCCAGGAUCUUGACAUGAAGAAGCCUCGCUGUAGAUGCUGUUCUGUCAUGUGAGCCGUCGGGGCGCCCCAGUCCCCGGUCCCGUCCUUCGCUCCACACUCCACCCAGCAGCCCGGCCCUCCCCGGCGCCUGCCCACCCUCACCCUCCGCCUCACGGGCCCCAGACACCUGUGUGUGUGUGGUCCCUGUGCACCUCGAGUCACGGGUGGGGGGUGCUCUGCCCGUCACCACACUCCACACUCACCCCGAACCUCUGAGCCGUGUGUCUUCCCUUGGUGAGAGACAGGCCGACCCACCUCAGAUCCCCUAAGGUUGGGGACUCCCAACUCCAAGUCACUGCAGGUUUACACAGACGGCUCAUGCCCACCAUGGUCUCAACCUGGUGUCCCCUUGUUGCCCCAGGCCAGCCUGUCUGUGCCUUAUUGCUACUUUGGGGAGUCUCUGAGGGGACCAAAUGAGAGGGUCUCCCUGGCCAAUGCGCCAGCAGCCUGGUGUGGGCAGGUGGGGUGAGGCCACACUUCUUUGGAGAUCCCGAAGUCUCAAAGUCCUAGGGUGGAGGACAGGCACCUGUGGAUUCCCCCAGUAAGUAGGGGUAGCUCAAAAUAGGGGUAACCCUUAACUGGGGAUGGAUACAUCACCCCCAAGAUGGGGCCAUUGUUGGCAAGGCCCCAAAUCAGCCACUCCCUGUCUGGGUCCCCCCUACCAUGCACACACUGGGCCCUUCUUCCUGGUGCUAAUUUAGGGACCCUUGGAGUCACCUUUACCCUCUUCUCUAGUUGGCUUGGACCAGGGUCCUGGGUUUCCCACAUACCCCAUACCCUAGAAGGCAGGGGUACGGCUGCCAGCGCUGCAGAGCCUAGCAUUUCCAGGCAGGUCUAGGUUGCCCCACACACACCUUGGGUGGGAGUAAGGGAAUCCCCCAUUUGCCGCCUGGCUGGACAGGCGCCAUGGCAGGGGGUCACCCACCUGUGGGCAGGCAGCAGCAGCCACUUUGGUUCUGGACGCGCUGCCCUGCAUUAUAGACGCUGGCUCAACACUCUCCACCUUCACUAGCUUCGGAGGACCACACCCGGUCCAGGUCCCUUUCCUUGGGACUCCAGCCUGGUGUGUAGAGUACAGGACCACCCGUGGGGCCCUGUCACUACCCGAAGCUGCAGUGGGGCACGCAGAAGCCACAGGGUCUGUGUCCUGUCCUUCCUGUGGCCUGGAGGAGAGGCACUGUUCCCUGAGGGGUGACUUGUGGCCAUGGUCAUGGCACCCCUUCCUCUUCCUCCUCUGAGUCUGCCUGAGUCCCUGGAGCCCUGAGCCUCGGCUGAAGUGCCCUUGCUGCCCCCUUCUGCUUUUGACGUGUGACGAGGCCCUGCCCCUUCACUCCCGUGUUCUUGACUUUCCCAGAGAAACAAAUUAAAAAAACAAAAAUGUGCAAGUGUUCAGAG